AUGGCGCCCGGCGUAUUCAAGCGCUCUCUUUCAUUUCCUAACAAAAUUCCUAGCCGCACUCCAUCAAAACCACCCAUCUCUUACCACAAUAGAUCCAUCAGUCUUCCAUGCAGAUCACACCCCUUGAUUUCCCAGCUCCAAAAUGAGAUCGACGAGCUCAAGACUUGGUCAUCGAAGCUCGAAAACCGAACUUCUGCUUGGCUUUGUGAUGGCUUAAGUCGUCUUAAGGACGUUCAAGAUUGUUUAGACGAUAUCCUUCAGCUACCUCAAACACAAGAAUCUCUUCGUCGACAGCCUACAUGGGCGGAGAAGAUUCUUGAAGACUUUCUUCGCUUCGUCGAUGUUUAUGGAAUCUUCCAAACAUUAGUUUUGUCAGUUAAAGACGAUCAACGUGCUGCCCAGGUGGCUAUAAGGAAGAAAGAUGACUCAAAGAUUGCUUUAUGCAUCAAGUCUCGCAAGAAAAUGGCUAAAGAAAUGGAUAAACUCGUUUCCACAGUUCGAUGCAUCGCACGAUGCCAGUUUCCGGGAUUGGAUUCAGGCCUCUCUGUUGCAGAUGCUGAGUUGGUUGGUGUUAUUAUAGAUGUUAUCGAAGUCAGCAUGUUGGUUUCGGUUGCGCUUUUUAAUGGAAUCUCAUUGUCAUUUAAGUCAAGAAAAUCGUCCUGGAUUGGACUGAGGUUGCCGAAGAAGGAAAAGAAGAUUAAGAUUGGAGAAGGAAUCCAAGAAUUUCAAGAAAUUGGUGUUGAGAGGUUGUGGGGAUUGAGAAAGAAGGGAUAUGAAGAGGUGAGGAUGGUUUUGAAAAGGAUGCAAGACUUGGAGGAGUGUAUUGGUGAUAUUGAAACUAGUGGCCAAAGAGUGUUUAGGAGUUUGAUUAACGCUAGGGUUUCAUUACUCAAUAGUCUCACGCAAUAG